CUCAUAUAUAUAGUCUCUCAUCUGUCAUCUCUCCACGGUUUUUGUAAAAGCAUCAUCGGUGAUCGGUCGGAAAAGGGAAAAAGGUUACACUCUAGUCUCUGUCAAGCUUACGUGGUUCUAUGAUAUGAUCGUCUCGUAUGUUUGAUGCUUGUUUAUGUAUUUCGGUUGAUAGGAUUCUAUUCCUGUUUUUUCUGAUAUGUAAUACUUUGUAGCUUUGAUCAGAGAUCAUAAGGGAACAGUUUCUGUAAUUGUAUCUCUGCUAUAUAUGUCUCUCUCUUUGGAUUUUUGUUUUGAAGUGAUUGAGCUCUGGUUUGAUGGUGAAGCUGGAAUCACGGAUAAAAAGAGUCAUUCCGUUUAUUGAUAGUCCGUUUAAUUAGAACCACCUCCACUUUUCUCUCUUUGUCAACGAUCACACUUUAUAAAACAACAAAAACAGAGAAAAAGGUUUUCUUCUUUUUUAUCAAUGGAUGGAUGUGCGCGUGGUAAAGGAUCGGUUGAACGAAUGACUUUGCCUAGAAAAGCAAGCGGACCACCUGUACUGCGUGAGGAUAUGAACAAGAAAGAUGUAAAGAGUGUCUCUUUCUGCAGCAGCAGCAGGAUUGGUUGCAGUGCUAAAGUAUCUUCUUACACCAAGGGAGCUAGGAUCGGCGGCUCUACGGAUAAUAACAAUGCAAAAGUUGGUCGAUCUAAUGGGAAGGAGAUAGUUGGGAGUUCAUCUCGAACUCGAACUCCAACUCCGGGUGGAUUUGGAUACUUAAGAAAGCAAGCUAAAGGUAGUGGCAAGAGACGGUUUGCGUCUAAUUUGGAUACAGAUUCUUCAGAGACUAGCAGUGUUCAUGAUGGUGGUCCAGCUGCAGGGGAGCCCACCCUUCCAUGCGAAAAAAGUAAAAGAGGUGUAAUGACAAAGGUAGGAAGCUCAGGAAGUAGAGGAACCAUCAUCACAAGUAGUAGUCCUCAGAAACCUGAUGCUCUCAUGUGUUCCUCUGUUUCUUCCUCUUCUGGUAGCAGGAAUGGAUUGAGGUGCAGUUCUGUGUCUGAUCAUGUUCUUUCAACUAACUCAACAAGAACCAGUGUGAAGGGAAGGAAUCAAAGUUCCUCUUCUGGCAUCACAGUUUCUGAUAACAGAAGGAGCCGAUUACUAGUACCUCCGACUCUCAGGGGUAACAAUGUUGUUUCUAUUAGUGGUAUGAGAUCUGGUAGUUUUGGUAGGUCAGGGCGACUUGGAGCUGCUACUUCUCGACACACGCCUCAUCCUCCCAGUUCUUCUCUUUCGGUUAUUCCAUCAAGUAGUCGUAGCAUGAUGAUGCCUAGUAUCACUUCACCUUCACGCUCUUUGGUGAGCCUGCGUGGUUUAAGUCGCUACAAUAUUAAUGGAAUUGCAGAGGUAUUGUUGGCCCUGGAAAGAAUUGAACAUGAUCAGGAACUGACAUGCGAGCGAUUGGCUUCUUUGGAGACGAAUCUAUUCUCAAGUGGUAUGAUGAGAUUCUACGAUGAGCAUAGAGAUAUGAGGCUUGACAUUGAUAACAUGUCAUAUGAGGAACUAGUAGCUUUGGGGGAUAAAAUGGGGACAGUGAGCACAGCUCUAAGCGAAGAAGCACUCUCGAAAAGCCUCCAGAAAAGCAUUUAUCAGGAUACAGAUGAAACCGGCCCCAAUUCACUGAAUAAGGAUGAUGAUAUCAAGUGCAGUAUUUGCCAGGAAGAGUACGGUGAUGGAGAUGAAGUAGGGACUAUGUCAUGUGAACAUAUGUACCAUGUGAGCUGUGUACAACAAUGGCUACGGAUGAAGAACUGGUGCCCUAUCUGCAAAACCUCUGCGGAAGACAAGUCCUUGUAGUGAUAAAUGCCACACCCAACUUUUGAUUUGAACCUGAAACAUUUUUGUAGUCUAUACCAUCUUAAAGUUGUUUUGUUCUGCAUUCUUCAUACUGAAUCUUACCAUGAAAUACAUAUUUGUUAGUCUCUC